AUGUCUUACCAACUCGAGGAUGUGCGGCCAAUGUUUGAGUUGCUCAAGCGCAACUACAUUGUAACCGGUGGAGCGCAGGGGAUCGGUUUUGCCGUCACUCGUGCAAUUUGUGAGAUGGGCGGAAAUGUGGCAGUUAUGGAUAUCCAGGCCCAGCCAGUUGAUCCAGAAUUCAACCGUCUCAGCGAGAAGUUUGGUGUCAAGACGCUUUACAUCCAAACGGACGUGACCAAGGAGCAAGACCUCAACGCAGGAUUCGCAAAGGCUCUGGAGACGUUGGGCUCAAUUGAUGGUCUAGUACCAGCUGCAGGCAUUGCCAUUGACAAGCCGUUCAUCGAGCAGACCUGGGAGGAGUUCACUAGAAUCCAGGAGAUUAAUGUCAGAGGUACAUUUUUCAUCACACAGCUUGCUACCAAGCAAAUGCUGAAGCAAGGCACCGGUGGAAGCAUUGUGCUCAUCGCAUCUCAAUCAGCGCACAUCGGCCUGCCUGGAUACCGAAUGGCUGCGUACAACGCAUCCAAGGGUGGUGUACUUAUGCUAUCCAAGGCCCUUGCCGUGGAACUGGCACCGCACAACAUCAGGGUCAACACUAUUUCUCCAGGAUUUGUUGACUCGGAGAUGACCAAGAAGGUUCGAGAUAUGAAGAGCCAGAGGGAGGGCGAGCAGAUGUGGAUGGCACCUCCCAUGCAGCGCUUGAGCACACAGAAUGACUUGACCGGGGCUGUGGUAUAUCUCCUCAGCGACGCGGCCAGAUUCACCACGGCCGCGGACAUCCCUAUUACUGGAGGUCUUCAUGUUGGAACUAUUGAUGGAUUGAUUAGCUACGAGACUAAAUAA